GCUGAACUGUCGACCACCCUUCAACAACUGAGUGAAAAGGCUCGGACCGCUACUGAAGAGAUAGGACGAUUGAAACAAAUGCACGACAAUUUAAAUAAUACGUGUAAUGACUUCAAAUCGAAUCUUUGCAUUCAAGUGGACGCUCUCAUCGAACAGCUUCAAAUGCGAAAAGAGCAAUUAAUGAGGCAUGUGGAUGAGCAAAAGGAUCAUAAGAAACAAGUGUUACGAGAUCAAAUCUCGCGAUGUACAGCAAAACUGUCACGUACGACCGGAUUGAUUCAGUUCUGUAUCGAAGCGUUGAAGGAGCCUGAUCCGGCCACCUACCUACAGCAUUCGGCUGCUUUGUUGCAUCGUUCGACGAGUCAAGAGUUCUUGUGGCAUCGUGAAAUGAAGACCAAGCCAGAUGUCGAUCCAGAUUUCGUGCUGAAUCUGGACACGAAACAGCUACAGUACUCCAUACAGACCCUGGACUUUGCUCAACUUAAAGUACCCUCUCCUCCCGUGAUCGAUGCAGCCGAGUGUUCAGCAGAGAACAACUCGGUGACGGUGGUAUGGCGACCACGUCAAGACGGUUGUGCCAUCGAUGGUUACAGCCUGGAGAUCGACACAGGCAGGGACGACGGAAAGUUCAAGGAGGUGUAUUGCGGACGUGAUACGAUUUGCACUAUUGAUGGGCUGCAUUUCAACACGGUAUACACAGCUCGAGUAAAGGCAUUCAAUGCAGCUGGUGAAAGCGAAUACAGCGAACCGAUUUGCCUUCAAACAGCUGAAGUGGCCUGGUUUCAACUGACAAAGUCACCGUCACAACGUGACAUGCAGCUUUCAAAUGAAUGCACUUCGUUGACAGGCACAAGUCUCGAAUACAGGACGAUCCUCGGCUCAAUCGCUUUCUCAAAGGGGGUUCACUAUUGGGAAGUGAGCGUGGUUCGUCAUGAAAGCAACGCUGAUGUUGUCGUCGGUGUCGCUCAGCCGACUGUGAACCGAAAUAUCAUGCUAGGGAAAGAUCUUCAUGGAUGGUCAAUGUACGUGGAUAAUGAGAGAUCAUGGUACUUGCACAACGAAACCCAUCACAGCCGAAUAGUGGGAGGAGUAGGGAAAGGAAGUGUUAUUGGUGUAAAAUUGGACUGCAACCGUGGCACGCUGGAAUUCACUAUCAACGAUCGGAAACGAAUAUUCGAGAAAAGUUCCUUCGCAUUCAAGAACCUUCCUCGCGGACUCUACUACCCAGCAUUUUCUGUGAACUGCAAUUCAACGAUCACCAUACACACAGGACUUUGUGCUCCGUCAAGUUCGAGCAGUGAAAGUGAAUAG